CCCCGAGAUACCAACCAGUGUCGUCUCUCAACAACUUCUCUCGCAAUUUACUUCUCUACCCUAUCAAACCUUCCGAUUUCAUCCUCUCGCUCUCUCUCUCUCUCUCAACACCUUACGAUUUGUUUCAAAUUCUGGUGUUCGUGUGUAUAUGUAUGGGAAAAACAUAAAUCUUCUGGAUCUGCUAAUUUUCACCGAAUAAUUGCGUAUUUUUGCUAUAUCUACCGACAUUAAUUUUGGGGGUAGGUUUUGAAUACGUAUGAGCUGUUUGGUAAAGCUGGGUUUCUCUUCAAAUUCAAACCAUUUCAUCACCUGUCUUCUCGUUUUCGUUCUCCAUUACUCACCUCAAUUACCUCCUCUUUCAUUGCUUGAAUUCGACAAACCUUUGCAAUCAAAUUCUAAUUGUUUCCAAUUAUUAUUGUUACUAAGAUUAUUAUUAUUAUUAUUAUUAAGGAGUAGUAGUAGUAUUUAUUCAGAUUAUCGUUGCAUUGGUCGCCGUUCGUCGAAUCAUGGAGUCACGAGUCAAGAGUAAUCGUCAAUUAAGCAGAGCUCUUUGCUAUUCAAAUGUUGAGAGGAGACCAGCAGCCUCACCGUCUGUCAUUGUCAUAGGUGGUGGCUUCGCUGGCAUUGCUGCUGCUCGAGCUCUUCAUGAUGCUUCAUUUCAGGUUAUUCUGCUGGAAUCACGGAAUAGAAUUGGUGGUCGAGUUCACACUGAUUACUCAUUUGGUUUUCCUAUUGACUUGGGUGCUUCAUGGUUACAUGGGGUCUGCAAUGAAAAUCCCUUGGCACCUGUUAUUGGAAGACUAGGACUACCUCUCUACCGUACAAGUGGUGACAACUCAGUAUUGUAUGACCAUGAUUUAGAGAGCUAUGCACUCUUUGAUAUGGAUGGAAAUCAAGUUCCUCAGGAAUUAGUCUCAAAGAUUGGCGAGGCAUUCGAGGACAUUUUGAAAGAGACGGAUCAAAUAAGAAAGGAACACAGUGAAGACAUGUCUAUACACCGUGCGAUCUCGAUGGUUUUUGAAAGGAGGCCAGAUUUGAGGUUGGAGGGGCUUGCUCAUAAGGUGUUGCAGUGGUACUUGUGCAGAAUGGAGGGCUGGUUUGCUGCAGAUGCUGAUACCAUCUCACUGAAAGGCUGGGAUCAGGAAGAACUGCUUCCUGGUGGGCAUGGGCUUAUGGUCCGGGGUUAUCUUCCUGUUAUAAACACACUUGCGAAAGGUCUUGACAUCCGCUUGGGCCACAGGGUUACAAAAGUAGUUAGACGUUACAAUGGAGUGAAAGUAACAGUUGAAGAUGGGAGGACGUUCAUCGCUGAUGCUGCCAUUGUUGCUGUUCCUCUUGGUGUUUUGAAAUCAAAUUGCCUCAAAUUUGAGCCAAGACUACCUGAGUGGAAGGAAGAAGCUAUUUCUGACCUUGGACUAGGUAUUGAGAAUAAGAUAGUUUUGCACUUUGAGAAGGUGUUUUGGCCAAAUGUGGAGUUCUUGGGGGUGGUGGCAGAGACGUCAUAUGGUUGCAGCUACUUUCUUAAUCUUCACAAGGCUACAGGUCAUUCUGUUCUUGUUUAUAUGCCUGCUGGGCAGCUGGCCCAUGACAUUGAGAAAAUGUCGGAAGAGGCUGCUGCUAAUUUCGCGUUUAUGCAACUUAAGAAAAUUCUUCCCAAUGCUUCUUCCCCGGUAAUUUUGCUAACUUCUUCUUUUUACACAGAUCUUAUGUGUGCCUGUGUUUGUGAGUCUCAGAUUCUGUUUUAAUUCAUUCUCGAACCUUGUGGGAACCUCUAAUGUGCCCGUAGGAACAGCUAUUAUUGCUAGGUUUCUUGAGAAACAUUUUUGUUCAAACUGGCCCAGUGCUUUUUGGUGAAGGAAACAGAACUAAAGAAUCGAUCUGCAUUUGCAAAAGGAACAAAAAUUGCAAUAUAUGUGGCACUUUUUGCAUGAAACUUUUGUGCUUUCUAAUUCGACAUUUUUUUGGGUGUAUGUGCAGAUUCAGUAUCUUGUGUCUCGGUGGGGCACAGACGUAAACUCACUGGGCUCCUAUAGCUAUGAUACAGUAGGAAAAUCCCAUGAUCUGUAUGAAAGGCUUAGGGUCCCAGUGGAUAACCUUUUCUUUGCUGGGGAAGCAACGAGCAUCGAUUACCCAGGAUCAGUACAUGGCGCAUACUCAACAGGGUUAUUGGCUGCUGAGGAAUGCAGGAUGCGUGUGCUGGAGCGGUAUGGGGAGUUGGAUCUGUUCCAGCCAGUCAUGGGUGAUGAGACGCCAGUGUCCGUCCCUCUCUUGAUUUCCCGUAUGUAAGGUUUAGGCCCCUUCCUCAUGGUAGCACCAAUUAUUAUUUAUAUGUUACCAUGCGAUGUGGCUGACAGGAUACACGCCAACUGGCUUGUGAAAGAUGUGGAAAGUCACAGAUUUUCCCGUCAAAUGAUCAAAGCAUUAGUUGAUGUGUGUAUAUUCCUGUCUUAUGAGAUGUAGCUAAUGGUAAUGGUAUGGUAUGGUAUCAUGUGGACAAUUAAAGAAAAAUGUUGAAAGUUGUUUCUCUUAUGUAGCCUGUGGUAAGUGUUUUGUUGGCAGAUUAUGUUGUGGAUUGGGAGGAUCCCUUAUGGACAGACAGUCAUUUCAUUGUAGUAUACUUUAUGAAGCCUAACUAUUUAAAUAAAAU